AUGUUGGGAAACCUCGCCUCGUUCCACCGCAGCCCGGUGGUCGUCACAAAAGAGAAGCACCGACACUCGGAGGCGCACGGGCACCCAGAGAAGCACCGACACUCGGAGGUGUGCGGGCACCCAGAGAAGCGCCGACACUCGGAGGUGUGCGGGCACAGAGAAGCGCCGACACUCGAGACGCACCGGCACUCAGAGAAGCACCGACACUCGGAGGUGUGCGGGCACCCAGAGAAGCGCCGACACUCGGAGGUGUGCGGACACCCAGAGAAGCGCCGACACUCGGAGACGCACCGGCACCCAGAGAAGCACCGACACACGGAGAAGCACCGACACUCGGACGUGUGCGGGCACCCAGAGAAGCACCGACACACGGAGACGCACCGGCACCCAGAGAAGCACCGACACACGGAGGCGCGCUGGCACCCAGAGGAGCACCGACACACGGAGGCGUGCCGGCACCCAAAGAAGCACCGACACUCGGAGCUGAAGUCGGCUGCCAACUGCGGACGCCCUGCCCGAUAG